AUGGACUUCUCUUUCGACCUCGUCGCCUCCAAAUGCGCUGAGCAGAUGGCAAAGUACCAGCAAAACGGCGACUGGUCGACAAUCUGUCGUCCCGAGGGCAAGGCUCUGACAGCCUGCGCUGACGCGAGCGUCCCACACCUCGCCGAUGUGAAGCGUCACUGCGCCAACCCCAUCCUCAACUACCGCGCAUGCCUCGAGGCCAACGCCAGCGAGACCGACGAGGCUGUGCGGGAAAAGUGCUCGGCACCCCUCAAGGCUCUGUGGGACUGCACCGAGUCCCGUCGUGCAGAAAUUGCCGAGCAGUCCAACAACAACUAA